CGUCCGCAGUUUCUUACAGUAUCUGUAACGGCUUGCAUUAACAUUUAUUUAUUACGCAGUUCUCGGUUUACGUAAUUUCACCUCGGUGAAGACCAAGUUUAACGUACAGACGCAAGGUUUCGUUAACGAUAUAGGUUCGCGAUGACGAAUAUUUUCUUCAUACUUUUGGCGCUCUUGGUGAUGCUGUACCUUUGGGGGAAGAGGAAACAUUCUUACUGGGAGAGACGUGGCAUACGUUCGUUGCCCGGAUUGCACUGGUUCUUCGGGAACUUCAAGGACGCCGUGCUGAUGCGCAAAUCGUCGGGUAUGUUGAUCGGUGAUCUACAUAAGCAAGCCGCCGACGAGGAUGACGUCGUGGGCAUCUACAUCCUGCACAAGCCGUUCCUCCUCGUGAGAAAUCCGGAGCUUAUCAAGCAAAUGCUUAUCAAAGAUUUCCAUAUGUUUCCAAACCGUCACUUCUCAGCCCAAAGCACGAUUGACGAAAUCGGUUCCUCCUCUCUCUUCUCGAUAAGCAAUCCUAAAUGGAAGCAUAUGAGGACGAAAAUGUCGCCGGUGUUCACGAGCGGGAAGCUAAAGAAUCUCUUCCUGCUGAUGGUGGAGUCCGCAGAAUCCAUGGGGGCAUAUUUACGCGAUCAGUUUAAAGGAGACUCCAAAGUUGCGUCGUUCAACGUCAAGGAGACAUUCUACAAGUACACCACCAACGUAAUAGCUUCCAUGGCAUUCGGAAUUUGCAUCAACUCUUUCGACACGCCCACACCGGAAUUUUAUACUAAUUCGGUCAUAGCUUUCCAACAGAACUUCUUGAGGUCCGUGAGGUUCUUCUUUCUUUUCUUCUUUCCGAAUAUCGGGAAAUAUUUUGGCCUGAAAAUGCUCGGUGAGCAAACGAAUUACUUCCGUAGGGUCUUCUGGAACUCGAUGGACAACAGACGAUUUAGUAAGAAGAAACGGGGCGAUUUGAUCGAUUCUCUCCUGCAGCUGAAGAACGAGGAUGCAACAAACGAGAUCUUCCAAUUCGAAGGGGAUACUCUUAUCGCUCAAGCAGCGAUCUUCUUCGCCGCCGGCCGCGAGACCAGUAUCACCACUAUGACCUACACACUCUGCGAGUUAGCCAAGAAACCGGAGAUACAGAAGCGCCUCAGACGGGAGAUCCUCGAGAAGAUCGAGGCCGCGAACGGUGCUGUCACGUACGAGGCUGUCCAAGAUAUGAAGUAUCUGUAUCAAGUGGUGUCCGAAACGAUGAGGCUGUAUCCGCCUGCGCCGCUCAUCGACAGAGUUCCCCUCGAGGAUUACACGUUUCCCGGCACAAAGAUAACUGUCGAGAAAGGCACGCCGGUAUAUAUCGCGUUGUACGGUCUUCACACCGAUCCCAGGUAUCAUUCGAAUCCCACGACUUUCGACCCUGACCGGUUCAGCGACGAGAGGAAGAAUGAGAUGCUACCGUGCACCUUCAUGCCGUUCGGCGAGGGUCCGCGCAAUUGCAUAGGCAGUCGAUUAGGAUACCUGCAAACCGCCGUGGGACUGAUAUCGAUUCUGCAGGACUACGAGGUCGCGUUGAAUCCUUCUUGGCUAAGCACCGUGGACAAAAGAAAUGUGUUUACUACGCCACCGAUGGGAUUCCAGUUGGAUUUGAAGAAGAUAUAGACGACAUGCGUGCACGGUGACAUUUGCAGAAGAGAUCUACUACUACUUCAAGGAGUUUUUCACCUGGUAACAAGCUACAUCGAUCACUUAUUCCAAGGAUCUUCCAGGAUCAUUCUCGGGAACGCAGAGGGUUGCUACGGGACAUUCUUACGACGACAUUAGCAGAACGCCGAUAUUCUUAAGGGAUACUUCUUUAUUAUCUGUAAAAAAAUCUUUAUUUCGACAUUUCAUCGUCGUGUUUUCAAAUUGACUAUAUACAUUAUUGUAACCCGUCGUCUACAAGGUAGAUCGUAAUCUACAUUGCGGAGAGAGUAACACAUGUACCUCGUAGGCGUCUUCACAUUUACAAGUAAUUAUAGUUUUGGUUCACCGUAAUUUCCUCGAUAAUGCGAAAAAACAAAGUAUGAUAUCGCGCGUCACUGCGAUAUCUUUCGUAUUAGGAAUCACCGUCGAAUCAGUGAUGCGCGAUGAAUCAAGAUCAAGACCGGUAUUCAUAGUAAGAUCUUAAAGUUCAAGUCUUAAGUCCAUCUUCAGAUGUCCCGUAGCCAAUGAAAUGAGCCGUGCAGCAUCCGAAGACGAGAAGACGAUCUUUAAUAUAAGAUAUGUAGUUUUUAAAAUUUCGAAAAAAUCCGUCACUUUCUCCAUUCUCCCGUUGACUUUUUCGCCUUCUUAUCUUCUUUUCGGAAAAAAAUAAAUAUGGCGGGUCUUAAUCGAGCACACGUGCAUUUUUCUAAACGAAUUUUUAUACCCUCGAGACAGAAAAGCCGAAGAAAUCCGCGGAAAAAUUGGGAAAGAAUCGGUUUCUUUCUGAAACUUUGAAAUAUAAUAAGAUCCGUCUAUGAAUGCCGGCUCAAGACGCGACCUCCUUUACUUCCUCUUCGAUUGGCCAGCGUUUCGAUUCUGACAUCGAAUGCACAGUGUGAAGUGACAACGGAAAGAAAAAAAAAA